AUGAUUAAGCACUACAAUUUUGGUGUCGAGAUCGAAGCGGUUGCAAAGCCGUACGGCGGCGGCGAGGCCUUCACGACCGUCGACUGGUACCGACAACUCGCCCAGAAGUUGCAGAACCGCGGCAUCCCGGCCGUCUACGACGACUGCUCCAAGUACAGCAAACACCCAGAAUACUAUGGCGGCAAGUGGUUCGUCACCCGCGACGGCUCUCUCAAGAGACCGCAGCCCCUCGUCUGUAUGGAAGUCGUUUCGCCCCGGCUCAACACGACGCAGCACACCGGUCGCACCUUGUCUGACUUUUGGGAGGCCAUGCGCGUUCACUUCCAGCCGCAGCGCGAUAUAUCGUGUGGCGGCCACGUACACGUCACGCCCCUGAGCAUGCGCAACAGGUUCUCCCUGCGCUCGCUCAAGAAGAUUGCUUUUGCAACAGUCGUCUACGAGGACUUUGUGAGCGCAAUACUACCGACACACCGGCGUGAGAAUCAGUACUGCAAGCUCAACAGUCAGAGUCCCGCGGCCGGGCUGCGACAGACGCUUGUUCAGGGCAAGACGACGGCGAGUCUGCGGCAGGUCGCCGCCGAGAUCAGGGCGAGGCCCAACGAGAUGGAGCUGUACUUUUACAUGCAGGGCAAUCGGUACGUCAUGUGGAACUUUCAGAACAUAUUCCCGAACCCAAAGACGGGUCGUUGCACCGGAACCGUCGAGUUCCGGGGUGGAAACCAGUUUCUGUGCACAAAGGGCACCUUGGCCUGGGUUGCCUUCGUCCUGGCCUUCAUCACGCUGGCCCUCAAAGAGGACCUCGUCAACAAGUGCACCACGAUUUCGUACGUCUCGCCGGCCGAUUCCAGCUUCCUGCGUCGUCUCACACAGUGGUGGGAUCGUAUCCGCCACGCGGCUAGGAAAAGCAAGAUGUGCCGUCGCUUGCCAGACGAGCAUAGCAGGAUGCGGACGCGGUAG